AUGGUGCUAUGGAUAUUCGGGGCGCUAUUUUGUGGUAAUUUCCUCUUGAUUUCACUCUUUGCAACGGAGAAUGUAUAUGACGAGUACAAAUUCGUUGAGAUUACGGCUCGACACAAAAGAGAUCUUCAGCUUCUCAGUCAAUUGUAUACAGAAGACAAUGUUGAUUUUGUGCGAAAAGCUCGAUCAAUCGGACAGAAAGCUGUGAUCUUUGCGAAUCCAUCAGAUUUUUCAAUUAUCUCACAAAAACUACAAAAUGCUGGAGCCAAUUUUGAGAGUAAAGAUGUUUCCUUUGACACAAAUGACCGUGAGAAGCGUUCAAUUGCCACAGCUCCUCUUCAAUAUCAACAAAAGACAAUGAAAACUGGGACAAUGAGUAACUAUACACUUGAUGAAUAUCAUGAUCUUUCUGAACAAAUGGCUUUCAUCGAAUCAAUUGCUCAAAGAAAUCCGAGUUUUGUGAAAAUGGGAACGAUGGGGAAAAGCUUUCAGGGGAAAUCGAUUCAGUAUUUGAAGAUUGGUUACCCAAUAAAUCAAACAAAACCGAUAUUCUUCAUUGAUGCAGGCAUUCAUGCACGAGAAUGGAUUGCCCCAGCUGUGGCUCUUUGGAUCACAAAUGAGCUAACAAAUUCAACGAAAUACGCCUCUCUUCUUCGACAAAUCGAUAUCAUUAUUGCGCCAAAUUUGAAUCCCGAUGGAUAUACUCAUACAAGAAAAGGAUAUAGGAUGUGGAGGAAGAAUUUAACCCCUCAACCGAAUCAAUGCUUUGGGGUGGAUUUGAAUCGGAAUUUCCCAUUCUAUUAUGGAUUCUCAGGAACCGAGUCAAACUCGUGCAGCGAGAUCUACAAGGGACCGAAGGCUGCUUCGGAACCCGAGACACAGGCACUCAAAAAUUUCCUCGACAACAACAAACAACAAAUAAAAGCCUACAUAACGCUGCACAGCUACGGUCAGAAUUGGGUGUAUCCAUGGGGAUACGCGGUGAAGACCUAUCCACCAGAUGUGCAAGAUUUGAUCGAUCUUGGGAAUGCGGCUCAAAAGGCGAUCGCACAAGUGAGGGGAACUCAAUAUAGUGUGGAGAAUUCGGCUGAUGGAAUGUAUCCGGCUGCUGGAGCAUCGGAUGAUUACGCGAAGAGUUUAGGCAUCAAAUAUGUUUACACUGUCGAAUUGGCCCCAUCUGAGGAUGAUUUGAGAUACGAUUUCAAUCUGCCCGCGAAUCAAAUCCUUUCCACGUCAACCGAGAAAUCCCGAGGAAUAUCCCUUCAAGGCUUUAUCGCCUUUGCCCUUGUUGCCAUUUUAAUUCUUGUCAACACUGGAUUUCAAAUUGCAGACCAUGUCUACCUUCGCGAUAAUCUGAAAAAAUCGGAUUCACCCUCAAAUCCUUCCACUCAACCAAACAACCUCGAAACACCAACAACCGGAUUCAACGGGUUGCCCAAUGUGACAUCAGCUCCACCAACAACCUGCCAACCACCACCAUUACCGAAAUGUGAAAAUACAUGCGAAUUCUAUCUUUGUGAAUCGAUCCCCGAUGGAAUGAAUCUCGAUAAACCGAACAAUUCCACCACUCAAUGUUGGCUGAAAUUACUCGAUUUGGCGAAGAAUAAUGUAAAGAUCGGCUCUUACUAUUGGACUUUGCUGAAAGAAGAUGAUAAGGAUUUACCUGCUAAUUUCUCCGAUCCAAACAAUUCGGCGCAAGAUGGGAAAGACGUCUACGAUGGGAUCAUUGCCACUGCAAAAAGGAACAUUCAAGUGCAAAUCGCACAAAAUCUGGACCUGAGCCUGAGCUCAACAAUGACUUAUGAGGCGACGGAUAUGGAGAAACUUUCAUCAAAUAUCAAAGUUCGAUCACUUGACUUCAGUAAACUGCUUGGAGCAGGUUUUUUAUUAUUUAAAAAUUUAAUCAUUUUCGGGAUCAUUCACACAAAGAGUUGGUCGAUUGAUAGCACACAUUUUUAUGUCGGAUCGGCGAAUUUCGAUUGGAGAUCGUUGAGACAAGUCAAAGAGCUUGGAAUCCUUGGUGUGAACUGUCCAUGCAUUGCACAAGAUGUCGAGAAAAUUCUCGACACUUAUUGGGAUCUUGGGCUACCUGAUGCCAAGGUUCCCACCACAUGGCCCGAAUCUCGUUGGGUUCCGGCUCGACACGGCAAUCCCUAUACUGUGCCCCAACCACAAACCGAUCUUGAUGUUUAUAUAUCGAGUGCUCCACCAGAUUUCAAUGCGUGUGGUCGCGAGAAUGACAUUGAUGCGAUGGUAAAGGUGAUUGAUGAAUCGACGAGUUUCGUUCAUUUGGCUGUCAUGGACUACAUUCCGGCUACGUUGUAUUUGAAGUCAAACUAUUACUAUUCGGCGUUGGAUGACGCGAUCAGAAGGGCAGCUUUUCGAGGGGUUAAAGUCAAGUUCAUGAUGUCAAAAUGGUCGCACACGUCGUUUCAAUUUUUCGGCUAUUUGCACUCAAUGGCCUCGUUGAAUGGAUCAUUGCCGUGUACAUGGGCCGUGCAAUACACAACUUGCAAACCGGGCACGCAGGGAGAGAUCGAAGUGAGAAUCUUCGAGAUUCCACCCGAUGGAGAUAUCACGGACAAGGUUUAUGCAAGAGUUCAACAUAACAAGUAUUUCGUCACCGAGAGCACUUUGUACAUUGGAACAUCAAAUUGGUCGGCUGAUUAUUGGUUGAAUACGGCGGGGAUUGGGGUCAUUGUGAGAGCUGACAAUGCACAGGAAACGGCGAAAAUUGUCAGACAGACUCAAGACGUGUUCAUGCGAGAUUGGGAUUCCGAAUAUGCCACCGAUAUCUCUCACUACGAUAAUCGAGGCAAUCGGAUAGAUCCAACAGCCACAUUA